CGAUCAUAGAUAUCGGGUGUUCUUCGGCAGGGGAUCGAGCCUCGGACGAUGUGCAUGGUCGGCGAUAGUCCUAACCACUGUGCCACCGACGCAUUUGUGAAUCAAGCUGUAAAUCAAAAAUAAAUAAAUAAAUAGACUACUUUUUUUGAUGGCUUAGCACUUAUCGUUGUUUUCGCUUUCGUGGUUGCUCCUCUGCUUAUAGUUGAGAGAACUUAAAUAUGACGUUAUAAAUCUUUUCUCCAUGACGAAGGGGAUAAAAGAGAGUAGAAUCUGUUGCCAGCCUCGUUAUGCAAUUUUGUCUUCAAAGUUUGACCACGGACAAAUUCAUGGUGACAUCUCUCUUCUUAACUAUUUUAGUAUGAGAAAUUCCUGUAAGGGAUGCUGGAGGUCUCCUACCAAAUGUUCUAUUUCAUACAUCUCGGGGUCAGAUUAGUACAGUUUCCUGGUUUCAGAAAAUAUAAUCUUAGUGGUUUAGGUCCCAUGAAAACAAAUGGAUCUCACAGGGAGUUCGUCUAACACGAAACAUUCGUUGACUUGGUUUCCCAGAAAAAAGAAUGAGGUGAAAUCGCUUGGAGGGCCUGUUUGGGUUUGAAUACUGCACUAUGUGGAGAGAGUCUGCCUUGAGAUAUCAAGUUAUAACUGUGUAGAGAGUUUGAAGGGUAGUCUAACGUUAGUGUUCUAAGAUACUUGAAACAAUAGGUAGACUACUUUUGAAAGGGCUUUAGCUGCCUUAUGGCGUCAGCAUUUUAUACUCUAAAGCACUUGGUUUUGUGCUUUGUUAACAUCUUUUCACCCUGUUGCAUUCCUACUUCUCAAACAGAAUGCAGUACACUGUAUGCAAAAAUAAAUCCUCCUCUUCUGUGCCCACUGAAGCUGGUGUCCCUCAAGGCGCUGUACUCUCACCACUUCCCUUUUCUUUCUUUCUACAUGACUUACCAUCUUCAAAUGACAUUAAUUUUAUUAAAUAUGCUGACGACCUGACUGUAUCCUUACCUGUCAAAUGUCAAAGUGACUGCUCCAAACCAAAUGGCUUUUAUCAGAAAUCAGCCAGUGGUCCAAGGAAAACGGUCUUACGUUAAAUCCCUCCAAAUGCCAAACAGUCAAUUUCACCUUUAGGCAUAAAUCUGACCUAAACAAACUGGUUAACACUCACGAGGUGUGCAACAUUGAUAGCACUGAAAUAGAAACCAAGUCGGAAAUUGGAUAUCUUGGCGUCAUUCUGUCUGCUGAUCUUUCCUGGUCGUCUCAUAUCUUGAUGAUUUCUAGGAAAAUAUUCCGUUUUACCUUCUACAUCAAGAAGUUAAGACAUUCUGGAAUAACCCAACCCAACCCUUACUCUUACUAACCCUGCUUAUUAUUCUCUAUUGCUAUCCCUUAGCUUUUCUAAAGCCACUGAAGACAGACUAUACCUUAUUACGCAGGAUGUUAAAGGUUGUCAGCAGGGUAAGCUACGUGUCACUUAACCAGCUUGUUAAUAUUCUGGUUGACAGGCACAUGGACUCAUGUGAAAAAUGGGCUAAAUCCAUUCUAUCUAAUUCACACCAACCUCUUCAUUCACAACUCCCCCCCCCCUUGUAUCUGUCUCAUCAGACUGGACCAAAAGCCUAUAUAGAAAACUAUAUGCUCGUACUAGCAAGUACAAAAACUCAACCAUACCCUACUUAGCUCGUGUUGUGUGCGAUAAAGAAAGCAUUAGGCGUGAUACUUAUAACUUAUUAAAUUGUCAGUAGAACAAAUGGAUCUCGUCUUUCCAAGUCACAUCAUUUAUAGGUUCUUUGUUCUUUCACACUCUGUAUAUCUCAACCUUUUUGUUAACGAUUACGCCAGUAAAUAUGCUAGCAUCUACUUUUCUAACACCUUCAAACAUUCUGUUCACUUUUGGCUUUGCUACCGACAUGUUGACAAAAUUAACUGAGAUUACCUUAAUCUAUGUAGAAUUUUAUUUAUUGUUAAUGUACUAACUGGAUGCAAUACUGUAGUAAAAAUGGUGAAAAUUCCAUUCUAUAUCUCAAGUACUGUUCUGGAAUAAAGCAAAAUAAUUAUUAUUUUAAAGUCAGGGAUAAUUCCAAAGUGUAGUAGGUCACUCAGCCGAGGUAGCUUAAUUAAUUUUGUCUCCUUUCAGAAAUAUGAAGGCUAAACUAUGUAGAUCUAAUUUUACUUUUCAGAGUGUGAAAGAUUAAGGGUGUUCUAUCACUGUAGAGUGAAGUCAUGGCUAUAUCUGUCUUCAAAGGUAAAUGGCUGAUGCAUGUGACAAUCAUUUUUGUAUUAGUAUGGCACAGAAUAUUUUACCUUAUAUCAUACAUCGCAACCUGACUCGAUAAGAGAAUGCUGAAUUUCAUUGAGGUUGUAAUUGUGUUCUCCAUUCUAUACCAUUCUAUUGAUAACACUAUUCUCCAUCUUUCGUCUUAAUGCACUCUACAACCUUCGAUGUUGGCUUUCCUCUCUCUCUCUCUCUUAUCUUCUAUUUGAUUGCAGCUCUUCUGAACACCUUGAGCUGCAAUCUACGAAUGUUUGGCAUGCGAUUCUCUCCCGCUAAACGUAAGAUGAUGCUACAGGACUGGACUUCAUCGACUCCUAGCUUAGAAAUUUGGAGUGAAGUGGUUGGUGGAGCGUGUUGACCAUUUCACUUAUUUGGGAAGUUGCAUCAGGCAGUUCAAGUGUAAAAUACAAUACAAUAUUAAAUCAAUCAGCAUAAUUUUCACAAAGAAAAUCGUAUUAUCUCAUUCAAAAGUUGACGGGUCAACACAGCCCACUUUUUAAUUUUUAAAUGGAAUUUAUAUCAAAACCGGUUAUUUCGUGUGCUGGCGAUGAAAAUCUCUUACCCUUUUUUGAAAGUCAUUGUCUAGGCACUUUAGCCAGUCAUCAAGUGACAUGGAAGCAUCCAAAACUGUCAGUCUCACAUUCUGUUCGCUUGGAAGCCUGUUUUACACGAUUCCGCGUUGAUCAAUUACAGUCAAAUGUAAAAGUUUUGUCAAGUGGACGACCUAUUCGACCUGUUGGCACUUUUCAACCGCUAUUGUAUAUUUAUGUUGUAUCAAGUAAUGUCUCCCAGUAUACUUCACAAGGUGGAAGAAAUGCUGUCGGUAGUUGGUUGGGUCAUUUGCGUGCACGAAAUGUAUUCGAUUGGUUAAUUGUGAUGGUGAAUUCUGAUCCACAGUAUAAUACUCCAAAAAUACUGCAAAAAUCAAAUGUACUGGAUAAAAUUAAAAGUGAUUUCAAUGUUCGUACAGGAGAUCGACAAUUUCUUGAAGUUCCUGCACCAAAUUCAGUUGAAGAAAAAUUAUUCAAUGAAUCGUGGAAUCAGUUGACAUAUCUUAUUCGUAAAGCUAUCAUCACAGCGUGUAUGUCAAUUAUUGUGGAUUAUGAUAUUCACUUGCAUAUGUUAGCUGAUUCACGUUCAAGUUUCACUUGGGAUUAUUUCGAGUAUUUAGAUCGGAAAGAAGAAUUAGCUCAUAUGUACUUAUUCCUAGGAGGACAUGAACAUGCCUUACACGAGUAUUAUGAAGCAACUGAAUUACUCUCCAACUGUAUUCAAACUUCAAUAGAUCAAGGAUCUAGUCGUCCUCAAUGGUUGAAUCGAUUAGCACAACUUUCAUCCUCUGAUCAUGCAUCCUACUACAUCUGUGAUUAUUCCCUAGAUGUUACAAAUACAGAAGCUAAACAAACUAGUCGUUUAAAAGAUCGUAGCGCUACAUUAUUUGAAUUAAGAAAUUACCUAUUAUCACGACAAGCAUCUAUUUUAUGCAUAUGUGAUAAAUUGUAUGAAUUCCCUGCGCAUACUCAUCGGGUUAUUUGUUCUACACUGAAUGAAAUAGAAAUAUUAAAGAUUCGUGUAGAUCCAUUAUAUCGUGCCAUUUGGAUUCUAUGCAUCUGCCUAAAUACCCUAACAAAUAUUCGCCUGGAUUCAGAUCGUUCAAUUGAUGAUAUGAAUAAAUCAAUCAUUGAAGUAUUAGAUACAGCGUAUUCAUGUAAUCAUAUCUUAGAGAAUAUCAGUUCAACUCGGAUUACACGAAAAUCGGCGGCCAGUCAGUCAACGUUGACAGUGACACCAACAACCGCAACAUCAACACAGAAUAUUUUCCUCGAUGCUAGAAAAGACGCCAAUCCUACAGUCUGGUAUAUGAGUCAUAUCGUAGACAAGAUAUAUACACAUUUAAAUUCUCUACAUAAUCAAAUGUUAUCCAGAAAAUCUCCGCCAAUUUUAAUGACACAGCAUAGUAAUAGUGGUAAUAGCUCGAUUAUAACAGAUACCCCAUUGAAAUUCAUGUCUAAACAUAAAUCCUCAAUGAGCAAUAAUAAUAGUAAUAAUACUAAUAACAGUAGUAAUAAUAGUAAUAGUAACAAUAAUAACAAAGCUGAGAAAGAUACUUCUUACUGGACACAGAGUUAUGCAGUGGAAUUAUGGUUGUAUGUUUUUAAUUAUUUAAAGCAAAUUGGACAAAUGACUGGUCUUUGGUGCAGUAGUAGUAGUAUCAAGUCCAGCUCACCAAUUCAUCGUAAAAAACGCCUACUACUGAAUUCAGUAGUCAGUGGAAAUUUGAAGAAAAACACCAAGAAGAAGAAGACGACGAAUCCAUCAGUUGUCGAUUCUUCUAUGAAUGAUGAUUAUUAUAAUAAUAGUCGAAAUGAUGGAGACGAAAAAGAGGAACAAGGAGAAGAAGAAGAAGAAAAGUUUGUUGAUCCACCAGCGAUGUCCGAUGCUGGAGAAGAGAAAAAAGUUGGAGGGGCAGGAGAAGGAGGAGGCGGAGUAGACGGAGAAGGAGGACAGUCGGAAAGAUUUUCCUGUCAAGAUAAUUCUAUCCUAUUGGCACAUAAUCAUUUCAUUCCAUUGUUUAAUUCAUCCGUGAUAUAUUCACAAAUUUUUAUUGCAACUGGACAAACACUAGUCGGUUUCUUGAAAUUCAUACAUAAUCCUAAACGAGCGUAUGAAGUGGUCUUCGAUAUAGCUGAUUAUUUAUUUUCACAAGAAGCCUAUGAUUCUGCUUCAUGGUUAUACGAGUCAAUAAUCAACUUUUAUGAUGAACCUUUAUGGUUAGGCUUGAUAACUAGUGCACGUAUCUGUUUAGCCUGGUGUUUACACUUAUUAUGCAUUGGAAAAGAGUGCAGAAAUAAAGAUAGUUGUGAAAUUGCUCAAAAAUAUAUUCAAGUCUGUUUCACCCUAUCCGGUACACGUAAACCAAUACUACGCAAUGCUGUUGAUCAUGUUUAUCGUAAACUUUACUUUUGGUAUCAAACAUCCAGCUUGACGGAUAUUCUACAUAUACCCACGUAUAGCGAUGCAAUUGAUCCUCAUUAUUGGUGGAUACAAGCUAUAGAAUUUCAUAAUUCAUUAUUAUCCUUCAAUCAAUCGAUUAUUACAAAUCCAUAUGAUAUAUCUGCAUUAUUUCGUUUAAAGCAAGUUGAACUGGAUGGUGUAUGUGAUUGUGGUUAUGAAUUAAUCUCUGCUGAGAUUGAAUCGAAUUCUGAGCGAAGUUUUCAAGUCUCUGUUCAUAUAGUUGGCUCAGAACCAACGUAUGUCGAUUGGCAGACAUUAUUAAAUCCUAAUGAUUUUCUACCAUAUCAUGUAAUGAAUACACGUAAUUCAUCAUUAUUAUCACAAUCUGAUUCACAAUUGCAUUUAGUUAGCUUGGCUAAUCUUCCAUCACUUUCUGUUGUAAACAGUAUAGAUAGUACAAAUACUGUCAAUAAUAAUAAUAAUAAUAAUAGUCCUACUCAAAGACAUGUACGCAGUCAACUAUCUAUUCCAUCAAGUACUGGUGGUGGUCAUGGUAGUCAAUUGGAUUUAGAACAAAUCAUGAAUAAGUACUUACUACCGACACCAGUCACUGUUUCCACUUGUCGAAGUUAUUCCAAUAUACCAGAUAGUUCAAAAGACUACAAGUAUACAAAUUUGUUAAUGGCUGGUGGUGGCGGUGGUGCUGCGAUUAGUAGUAGUGGUCAUGGCAAUCAAGUGAAUCCUGUCGGUUUGUUGAUAAACAAUCGACCACGUGUUGAUUCACGACUAGGUUCACUAUUAAAUGUAGCUGCAUCAUUAGCCAGUAGACCAGCAUGGGGAUCUCAAGAUAUUCCAGGUGGAUUAAAUGAUGAAGCUAAUGCAUCAAACACACCCAAUCUACAUAAACAAUCAGUACAUUUAACAAGCAGAGGUAGAUUUACACGAAUUCCUUCUGAUGGAAUAAUUGAACCAAAUGUGAAUAGAACUCCACGAAUUGUCAGGCAAUAUUCACUUCGUCCAACAAGAAAAAUAUCCUUCACUGUGAAUGGAAAACAGGAUUCCUUUGGUAAUGAGAUAACUGGAUCAAAUAUUAUUUCUAAUACAAAACCACUUUUCGUACUACGGCAGGAAUCUGUUGUGACUAUCAAGCCUGGAUUAAACAAGUUACUGUUCGUCUCUAAUGUGCCAGGAUUUUAUAUACCUGAACAAAUAUCGAUUAUCUGUUAUGAUAAUGGUGAUGAUGCACGUAGUACUGAAGUCAAUUUGGCCUCAGAUGUUGACGGGGAUGUCUACGGACCGAAUUGGCGUAAUGUUGAAUUAAUGCAAACAUUAUUACCAAAACCGGAAAUUGCUUUAUCAUCCAGUAAUGAGGAUAAACCGUAUCCAGUUGUCUUCGGAACAUGUCAACCUAUCCCGAUACGAUUAAGAUUAGGCAAAUUGGGUUUACCACAAGAUUGUAAACUGAGCACAAAAUUAUAUCGUAUUCAUUAUUCAUCGAAUAAACGUUAUACUAAUAAUACAAAAGCUAAGCAUACCCCAUCUGUUGUCUCGCAUAAAUCGUCUACAUCGAUAGUGAUUACUACUACUACUCCUCCUCCUCCUCCUGCUGCACAUGAUAAUGAUGAAAAUGAUAUUCCUGCCAGUAGUACUGUCGGCAUGACAUCUAUUGCAAAUGACUACACUUUAGUGUCGAAAACAUUUGACCAGCAUGAAGACAGCAGUGGUGCACAUCAAACAGUUGACAAUAAUAAUUUUAUGAAUUAUACCCUACCACAUCAAUUUAUCCUAGAAGAUGGACCAGUAGACUUUAUUCAAGAAUACAAUUCUACAACAGAUAAUAAUCCUACUACGACUACUACUACUACUUCGUGUAAAAUUAAUCAUCCUAUGCCGGCAUUUCCACCUGGAUGUUGUUUACAGUUAAGCAGACCAUUACAUUUGUCUGCUGUUUCAUGUAAUGAUCAAUUUGCUCUUUCAAUGCCUAGUGGACAUUAUUGUAUUUUACCAGUGAAUAUUAUCAAACCAUUGGCAUUCAGAUUGAAUAUGUUCCCACUACUUAAAUCAUACAUUAUAUUCAGCUUGCAUAUCGCUUGUGUCGACACAGAUCCAGAUUGUAUUAUCCCACCUGAGUUAUACUGUAGUCUUGAAAGACCAUGUCGAGAGCCAGUCACAUUUGAAUUGUCAAAUAUGCGAUUUUCUCUGUCGGCUUGUAAACCUCCACCUACUCCGACUACUCCUGGCCAACAUAAACGUCAAGUUCUGCGUAGUUCUUCAACUGGUAAUCAACAACAAAAAUCUCAACAUCGAAAUCUGUCAAAAACACGUAGUUCCCCUGCAGCUGAUGAAAGUCCAAAACUUGCUGAGGAGCGUACUACCACUACUUCUACUACGGCUACUCAUAAAAAUGAUUUCUUGAAAGCAGGAUCUGUUGAUAAAUUGUUUGAAAGUAAUGAGGAAAAGCCUAUUGAAUCGUUGAAUGGUGAUAUUUUAGACAAUAAACUUACUAAAGCUUAUGUCAAUCAUUUGACACCAUUUUCAAUCCCUUGGCGUUUUAAACAGUUGGAGUAUAAUCAUUUUAUGAAAGUGUGUAAAGAGGCCCAAUAUCAACCAAUUGGCCGUUUCGAGUGUACAAUGAAUCGCAUUGGUGCUACAAAAAUCAAUCAAGAAAUUCGAGUGGAUUGUGCUAUUCAACAAAAAAUUUAAUCUGGUGUCUUUCUCAAUGAAAGCAUCUUGAAUUCAAUGAUUCAAUGGAAUCAUCUUACACACUAUCCCUCAAAAAGAUGAUUCUACGAAUCCUUCAAAUGACGCGAUGGUUUGGUGGUACUUAUUCGACGUCAUUUAUAAGACUCUUCAUUAUUAUUACUAUUAUCAUUACUACUGUUUAUUUUUGCACUUCUUUUGAUUAAAUGUAUAUUUUUUUAAUCUCACUGACUAUACUACUUAUUCUACAGGAUAAACUACUUAAAUUUUUGUAAUGUCAUUCCUGAAAGCGUCAAUUUCUAACUUGCCUAACUAAAAAAAGAACAACAUAUCAUAACACAUAUAAUACGCAUAUCUGUGAUAUCAAAUUUGCCUUUAUUGGUUGGUAAACAACCGAAUUUUUUUGUUUAUUUUAUUUAUUUUCUUUUUUUUAACUGGACCAAAAUCAUGAUUACGUCAUCAGCGUCAUUAUUAAUAAUAAAAGCAAUACAGGAACCCUACAUUUUUCAAAGUACACACAGCACAUUAUCUAUCAAAACACUACUCUCAGUAGUGUGUACUCUGAUGUCUUCUGUGAAGUGCUCUCAGGAAUCUAACUCUAACCAAUUCAUCACCAAAAUAAUCAUCCCAUAUUAUAUAUAUAUAUAUAUAUACAUAUCACACACAACUUUUAAUUGCUCUAUAUAUUUGAUUGUAACUGUUUUGCUCAAUACUAACCAAUAAUAAUAAUGAUAAAUUUGCUAACUUUUGAAGCUUUUUGUUUUUGUGAUCAUAAAUCCUACUUUCCAUU